GUAGUUCCUUCCCCGAGUCUCUAUGGUAGCGUCAGCCUCGGAGGCGGCAGUGACGGUGGCGUUUCCUUGAGGAAGAGUGAGGGUUCUAACUUUCCUGCUGAUCUGGGAGGUGGUCGGCGCGGAGGGUCGAGAUGUCAGAGAAAAAGCAACCCGUAGACUUAGGUCUCUUAGAGGAAGACGACGAGUUUGAAGAGUUCCCGGCCGAAGACUGGGCUGGCUUAGAUGAAGAUGAAGAUGCACAUGUCUGGGAGGAUAAUUGGGAUGAUGACAAUGUAGAGGAUGAUUUCUCUAAUCAGUUACGGGCAACUGUACUCUUGAUGAAAAAGGUCUAUGAAACCCCAUAUGGCUGCUAUAUUCUCCAUCAAAAGGGAAGGAUGUGCAGUGCUUUCCUCUGCUGUUAACAGAUCAUCAACCUGUAUGUGUUCAUGGCCCCACCUAACUGCAAAGAGCUGGGAUGCACAGGAGUGGAGAGCUAUUGUUGAGCACUAGUCAUGUGGAUAUGUGAACGGAGUCAGUGAGGAGGGAAUGGGGUGGUGCAACAGCAUUUCAGGCAGAGAGAGCAGCCUAGGUGAAGAAGUAGCCUGGGCGAAGGUCCAGCCUAGGCGAGACAGGAUUAUGGUUAGCAUACUGCAGUAUUGUUGGGUAGUAAGAGAUUAUGACACUUCCUGUAGCUACAUAACAGGGGCUUACUUGAAGGGUGACCCUAUUUAUUGUUUCAGUCACCAGAGUUCAGCAGAAAGUCAUGUCUUUCAUAUAAAAAGGAGAUCAGGCACAGUGGCUCAUGCCUGUAAUCCCAGCACAUUGGGAGGCCAAGGCAGGUGGAUUACCUGAGGUCAUGAGUUUGAGACCAGCCUGGCCAACAUGGUGAAACCCUGUUUCUACUAAAAAUAUAAAAAUUGGCCAGACAUGGUGGUGCAUGCCUGUAGUCCCAGCUACUCGGGAGGCUGAGGCAGGAGAAUUGCUUGAACCUGGGAGGCGGAGGUUACAGUGAGCCGAGAUUGUGCCACUGCACCCCAGCCUGGGUGACAGAGCAAGAUUCUGUCUCAAAAAAAAAAAAAGAAUAAAAAUAAAAAAUAAAAAUAAAAAUUAGAAGAAAUGAUUUCCAUGUUUUAUUAGUUUAUUAACUAUCUGCCUCCUAAAAGACAGAUAACUAUUAAUAAUAAUUUCAUAUACUAUGUGUGAUAAAUAUAUGCAUUUUUUUCACUUAAUUCUAAGUAGUAUCAUUUUCCCCAUUUUACAGAUGAUAAAACAGAGAAAAACAGA